AGGACCAAGUGCAUGUUAAUGGCUGUCUUGUGUUUCCUUUCUCCCAAGCCUAAGGACGUGCCACCCCAGCUGGAGAGUCCCAGAAAUCCGCCUUCUGUGUUGCGUUCCUUCCUGCAGUCGUGCCUGUACGGGAAUGUGAGGCCCCGAUGGCCUACCAGGGAGCUUCUGCAAGUAACGUGGCUGCAGCAUCCAUUUUUGGAAAAAUCCAACAGUCUCAGCAACAAGAGUCCUCUGCUUGAUGCAGCCAGGAGAUUCCUUAAAGAGAGGGUCACCACAUCAUCAUCAGAACCUCUGCUGGCUCCCUCUAUUUCUGGAGAAGAGAGUAAGGAAGAGCAAGCAGAGAAGGAAAACAUCAAAGCAAAGCCUGAAGGAAUGAAAUCAGGCACAAAUGGGACACCAGAACCUCUGCUGGCUCCCUCUAUUUCCGGACAAGACAUUGAAGAAGAGCAAGUGGACAAUGAACCCGUGGCUGUUGCUGGAGCCACAGAGCCUGCAGAAAUUAAAUCAGACACAACAGCGACACCAGAACCUCUGCUGGCUCCCUCUGACUCAGGACAGGAAAAUGAAGAGGAAGAAGUGGAAAAGGAACCUGUGGCUGUUGAAGUAUUGCCUGAAGGAAUGAAAUCAGUAAGUGCCAGCUUUGUCUUGCCUAAAGCGGAAUGUGAGGCCCCGUUGGCCUACCAGGCAGCUUCUGCAG